UAUCAUCCAUUGCAAAGACAUUAUCAUCCAUUGAAAUGCCUGUUAUCUCAAAGCAAUGUUAUAUUCCGGGAGACGUUGUCUUUGAAAUUAAAUCACGAAUACAUUGUCUUCAUUACGACUAUAAAGGAAAACAUUGUGACAAUUGUCUCAAACUAUCCAAUCAACUGAAGAGGUGCGCCAAAUGUCAUCUAAUGUUUUAUUGCGAUCAAAGUUGUCAAAUGAAUGACUGGAAUAAUGGCCACAAAAAGGAGUGUCGAGUGAUGUUUGGCCAGACAUUUGCCGCACUUUACCACAAGAAAGCCAUUGAUGUCGUCGACCAUCUUAUUCUUCGUCUAUGUCUUUACAGCAAAUCUAAUCCACAUUUUAUUGAAGAACAACAUCAGACAUAUGACCGAACAGAUCUUAGAAUUAAAGAUAUGGACAUUGAUGUCGACAAAGUGGCCAAAGAUAGGAAAAAUACAGUUAAAUUGAAUUUAUUGCGAACACUCUUUGAAUUGUUGGAAAUCGAUAGUGAUAUACAAGAAAUGGUGUUUUGGUACGCAUUUCUUGAGUUGCGAAUGACAUCUGGAAGUGUCUAUUAUACAGAUAAUCCAAACGACAUAAUGAAUAACGAUUCGGAUAAACCCAUAGCUUGUGGUAUCACUAUUGGAAUCAAUGACUUUCAACACUCGUGUUUCCCAAACACUGCAAUGAUAUCUAAUGGUCUUACAUUUGAAGUUCGAGCCAUUAAAGACAUAGCAAUUGGCGAAGAGAUUACGAGAUCCAGGAUUAGUAUCAAUCAAAAUAAGAAGAAACGAAAGAAACAAUUAAUGGAUAAUUUUGGUUAUGAUUGUGAGUGUCAUAAGUGUCGACUCAAUUUGGAUAAAGAUAUCGAUUAUAAUAAAUACGAUGAAAUGCAUGACAAACACGUGAAUCUCUGGGAAACUAUUAGCGAUUCCCGUAUUGCACGACUUGUUCACCGUAACUAUGAAAUGGACACACAAUUCAUGGUUCAAUUGCAGCUUAUAUUUGGCGAAUAUCAUCCAUACAUUACUUCAACUAUUGUAAACAAUUUUAUACUUUUUUCACAAUAUUCACAAAAGGCUACCAAACCAUUGCUUAAGUAUUGGUAUAAACUUAUCAAAGAUCACAUCCGAGUCACUCAUGGAUUAAGUCAUCCAUUCUUUGCAAUGUUUGACAAACUCUAUCAUAAAUAAUUGCUUUAUCUGUAAAAUCAUAUCUGUUUUAUUAUUACACAUUACCGGUAAUUAUUUAUUUUUAAUUA